UUUCGACGCCUAGAAGGCUGCAAGAAAAACGGAGAAAAGGAACAACCGCGCUCUCUGCCAGCGGCCUCUCGCGAGUCAACACGAUGCCGACUCGAUCCGGAAGGCUAUUCGCUUCAAUCCAAGCAUGAUCCAAGCCGCAGUCGAGCCGAAUACAACUGUCGACGAGUGUCGAUCGUGACGAUAUUCCGGUGUGGUGGAAUUGUAUGCUUUGUUCAUUCGACUAUCACAGCCCUUAUUUGGUGGAAUAUCUACUGAUACAAGCUACCAGCCCAUUCGCAGCGUUCAAAAUACGGCGGAAGGCAACUCCUCCUCUUCAGUGUGUACGCUCGACGCUGUGCCGUGCUCGUUUUUGGGGCUUCUAGAUCCUUUCCUCGACUCUACCUUGUCGCUCUGCGUGGCCUGAGCUGCUCAGCCGUCAGCCAUGGGCAAAAAGCGUCCCAGGCCCGAGCCGGAGAAGAAGGAAGAAGAGAUGGACCGGCCUAGCACUUCUAAGGAGCCUUCGACUAGCUCCAAGCAACCUUCGGCGCAGCAGCAGUCUCAGUCUUCGUCGACUUCAACAAAGAGCAAGCCUAGAGUUUGGAAGAGCCUGAAGCAGGUGGUGACGGCCGAGCGCCUGCAACCGGGAGCGUACGCAGCGCUCGAGGCGGCACCAUCGCUGCGACCCUGGCGCAAGUACUCUGACCUGACGGGCCUGGUGGCGCCAUACACAGACCCCAAGACCAAGCUGCGCUAUGCCAACAAACACGAGUACGCACGACUGCGGCUGCUCAGCGCGGACCAGGUCAACGGCUAUCUGGUGCUCAGGAGGGCCGCGCUGCCCGUAACGUAGUCUAGGCUUGAUGACCGUGCACCUCGCCGAUUCCUGGCAGCUUGACGUCGAACCUGCGGUGUUGACCGUUUGCCCGUACUUCUAGAAUGCUCGACUUACCGGACUGGUCUCGCGUGGGAUCGGCCGACGAAAGCAGUCGUUUUGUUUUGAAACCGUGUCUCAUCACACCGCUCGCAGUUGCAUGCGCGUACUAAUCUUGGAGAUGGAGUGUCUCGCAUUUUGAGCGUUGUGUCUUGAAUUCUUUUUGGCCUGCUGCAAAUACAUGUUUGCCACCAUUACUUGUCAGUGCGUAAAUAAAUAGGAGAUGUAGCGCAUAUGCAUCUGCUACCAAAGACAGAUGCUGAAUGUGUAUGGGAGGAUUUUCAGAACUUCUAUUUGUCCGUUCUAUCUCAUGCAGUCAAUGCAAAACACCACCCAAUGCUAGUAUAGAAAAUGGCUUUUAUUCA